AGAUUUGAGGAUAAAAGAGCAUGUUAAGCUGCUGCAUAGCUGCACUUCACAGCUCUUUGCUCCAGUGGAGAGAUUUCCGCAGGACAAGGAUGGCGCUGACCUUCAAGGCUGCUUUUCUGGCCCUAAUGCUAGCCCUGACACGGGCAGCCCCAUUGGAGGAUUCAGCAGCAGGCGAUGGAGAUUCCGCUUUGCCAGAUCGAUGUGCAGGUAUCGAGUUCGAUGCCAUCACUCCUGACGACAAGGGUCAAACUUUUUUCUUCAAAGGAGAUCAUGUUUGGAAGGGCUUUGACGGUGACGCUCAACCAUCCAGUCAGUAUUUUAAGGAGUUAAACGGUCAUGUUGAUGCGGCUUUCCGUAUGCACAACCCAGAGAACAAAGGGGACCACGACCACAUCUACCUUUUCCUGGAUGACAAAGUGUUUAGUUACUUUGAACACACUCUCGAAGAAGGAUAUCCCAAAGAAAUCCAAGAGGAUUUUCCUGGAGUUCCCACCCACCUGGAUGCAGCUGUGGAGUGUCCCAAAGGAGAGUGCAUCACAGAUUCCGUUUUGUUCUUCAAAGGUCCAGAUGUGCAUGUUUAUGAUAUCGUCACAAAGACAGUGAAGACCAAGACAUGGCCCCACCUACCUGCCUGUACCUCUGUCUUCCGCUGGUUGGAGCACUAUUACUGUUUCCAUGGACACAACUUCACCCGUUUCCAACCCGUAACCGGGGAGGUGACUGGUAAUUAUCCCAAAGAUGCCCGCAGGUAUUUCAUGCGCUGCCCCGACUUUGGUCACGGAGGCGAAAGAACAACUUUGAAAUGCAGUGACUUCAAAAUGGACGCCAUCACUACUGAUGAUACCGGCAGAAUGUACAUGUUUAAAGGUUCCAACUACAUGCGUUUGGACACCCACCGUGAUGGACUGCACGCCUUUCCAAUAACCAGGUCGUGGAAAGAACUGACCAAUGGCGUGGACGCUGUUUUCUCUUAUAACGACCGAAUCUACUUGAUUAAGGGAGAUCAAGUUUACAUCUAUAAGGCAGGUGCUCACUUCACCCUGAUCGAAGGCUAUCCGAAAACGCUGAAGGAGGAGCUUAACAUUGAAGGACAGGUGGAUGCUGCUUUUGUGUGUCCAGGCCAACGCACAGCUCACAUUAUUCAAGGAAGGAAGAUUACCUACAUCAACCUCGCUGCCACGCCCAGGGAAAUCACCCUCGACGCUCCUUUGCCUUUUGGCGACAUAGAUGCUGCUUUCUGCUCUUCAGACGGCAUUAAAAUUUUCCAAGGGUCCAACUACUACCACUAUGAUAGCCCGAUGUUACUGGUUAUGAGCAGGAUUGCCCCCAUACCUCUGAAGGUCACAUCGGCGAUGGUGGGCUGUGAAGAUUAGGAAGUUUAAAUAGAAGACUUUCUAAUUUAAAAAAAAAAACAACAAUAACUGAAUGGAGGGCCUUUUUUUACCAUAUGGUAGAAUUUAAAUUAAAUAAAAUGAUUGAGAAAA